AUGUUGGGGGAGCUAGUGUGUGUGGAUUAUUGGGCUAAUGGAUUCGGGAUGCGGGUGAGGAUCGCAUUGCGGGAGAAACUGGUCGAGUUCGAGUUCAAAGAGGAGGAUCUUUGGGUGACGCAAAGGAGCCAAUUGGUGUUAGAAAUGAACCCGAUCUACCGGUCGGUUCCGAUUUUGAUCCAUCACGGUCGGCCCGUAUGUGGCUCGGUGAACAUCAUCGAGUACAUUGAUGAGGUGUGGAGGGUCGACAGGUCUUCUUUGCUUCCCCAGGAUCCUUACGGUCGCGCUCAGGCUAGGUUUUGGGCCGAUUUCAUCGAUAAGAAGUUAUUUAGUACACAAACAAAAUUCUUAAAGAGCAAAGGCGAGGAUAAGGAAGCGGCGAAAGCCGAUCUCAUCGAAGAUCUCAAGCGACUUGAGGAAGUGUUAGGGGAGAGGAAGUACUUCGGCGGCGACAAGUUCAAUUUCCUCGACAUUGCGCUUAUUCCGGUUUCUAGCAUGUUCAAUGGAUAUGAAGAGCAUGGGGGGUUCAAAAUUGAAGAUCAUUGCCCUAACUUGGUAAAAUGGGUGGAGAGGUGCAUGGAGAGAGAGAGUGUAUCUAAAACUCUCCCUAAUCAUAAAGAGAUGUAUGAGUUGCACAAGAAGUGGUAUGGUAUAGAGUAACUAGGAGUUAAAAGUGAUGUAAGUAGGAGUUAAAAG